AUGAAUCAAGAACGUGCUUCUCCAUCCGCACGCAUCUAUCAAAUACGAAGACCUGAUCAUAGCAUAGUCUUCAACUCCUCCGAACUUGAAGGUCCAGAUGAAGAUCAUGUCGAUGCAUUGGUAGUAACAACAACGGUGGCCAACUUCUUGGUCAAGAAGAUAUUGGUAGACGGUGGGAGCUCAGCUGACAUCAUGUACCUCGACGCUUUUAAGCAGUUGGGCAUAGAUAAUGCCCGGUUUAGUCCCAUCUCCACACCCCUGAAAGGAUUCACAGGAGAAAGCAUUUUGUCCAUGGGAGAAGUGGAGUUGCCCGUUUCUCUAGGGGAAAACCCUUGUCGAAUCACAAAACUAAUCAAAUUCCUCGUCGUCGACAAACCAUCCCCCUACAACAUCAUUCGAGGGAGGCCAGCAAUCCCUACCUUCAAAUCAGUGCCUUCCUCCUACCAUCAGAAGUGGAAGUUCCCUACUACCUAUGGAAUUGGGGAAGUACUUGGAGAUAGACGUCUCUCCCGAGAGUGCUAUGCAAGGGCCCUACGAGAACCUUCCAAGAAGCCUAAACCACCAGGAAGGGGAGACGACACCCAAAAAUCCGACAAACGGAAGUGGGUCAACGCGAUCAUUGAGGAUAAUAAAGAAAUCCUCCUCAGUGUACCAGAUGACAGCAUCACGCUAGCAGCUGUCGAAGAGCUUAAGCUCAUAGAGCUCAUUCCCGGAGAUACUUCCAAGAUCAUACGAAUAGGAUCCGAUUUAGAUCCAACCACGGAGCAGCAGCUAAUCAACUUCCUGCGACACAAUGGAGAUGUGUUCGCAUGGAAAGCCCAAGAUUUGUCGGGCAUUCCUCCUCAGCCGGGUGGCAAGUGGAGAUUAUGCGUAGACUUCACCGACCUCAACAAAGCUUGUCCUAAGGACCCAUUUCCUAUACCCAGAAUCGAUCAGCUCAUCGAUUCGACCUCGGGGUGCGAACUCCUCAGCUUCCUCGAUGCAUACCAAGGGUAUAACCAGAUCUUACUUGUGCCAGAGGAUCAAGAGAGGGCUAGUUUCAUCACUGACCAAGGCAUCUACUGCUAUCAAGUCAUGCCCUUCGGGUUAAAGAACACAGGAGCCACAUACCAACGUCUAGUGAACACAAUGUUCGCAGAUCAGAUCGGUAAAAAUAUGGAGGUGUACAUCGACGACAUGCUCGUCAAAAGUGUCAAGACAUCAGACCACUUAACCGACUUAGAUCAGUGUUUCACCACCUUACGAAGAUAUAAGAUGAAACUCAACCCCCUCAAAUGUUCGUUCGGAGUUCGGGGAGGUAAAUUUUUGGGAUACAUGAUCUCACAGCGGGGAAUCGAAGCUAAUCCUGCUAAAAUCGAAGCGAUCACCUCAAUGGCUCCAUCAACGUCUAUCAAGAAAGUACAACAGCUUAAUGGCUGUUUGGCAUCUCUGAACAGGUUCAUUUCCAGGUCAGCAGACAAGGCUCUCCCCUUCUUCAAGAUUUUAAGGGGAGGAAAAAAGUUCGAGUGGGAUGAGGCAUGUCAAAAAGCCUUCACUGAGCUAAAGUCAUAUCUCGCAUCACCACCCUUGCUCACAAAACCUCAACCCGAAGACACCCUUCUACUAUACUUAGCUACCUCAGCUGAUGCCGUCAGCGCAGUCCUCAUCCGAGAUGGAGGAAAAGGCCACCAACCCAUAUACUACAUAAGUCGCGCCCUCCAAGGAGCCGAGCAACGCUACACCAACAUGGAGAAACUCGCUCUCGCCCUCAUCAACGCAGCCCGGAAGCUUCGACCUUACUUCCAGUCUCAUCAAGUGGUGGUUCUCACCAAUUAUCCGUUGAAACAAAUACUAAGGAGUCCCGAAACAUCCGGACGAUUAGCAAAAUGGGCGAUAGAGCUAAGUGAAUAUGGAGUGGAAUUCAAACCCCGGCCAGCUAUCAAAGCGCAAGUAUUGGCAGAUUUUCUAGUCGAAAUGACUUCCAUACAAGAAAGCACUUCUAUACCUACUUGGUCUGUCAACGUCGACGGAUCUUCCACUACCACAGGAGGGGGAGCGGGUAUCGUACUAACGAAUCCUGAUGGAGAUGAGUUUGAAUACGCUCAACGAUUCGAAUUCACAGCCUCAAACAACGUUGCUGAAUACGAAGCAUUGAUAGCGGGAAUCCGCCUCGCCCUAGCAGCCGGAGCGCGCAAGCUCCUAAUCCAAAGCGACUCUCAGCUCGUCGUUAACCAAGUACUCGGAGUGUACGAGGCCAAAGAAGACACCAUGGCCAAAUACUUAGCUCUUGCACACACCCUCUUAUCCAAGUUCGAGAGCUACGAGAUAAGACAAGUACCCCGAUCAAAUAACAUCCAUGCUGACAAAUUAGCCAGACUAGGGAGCUCCAUGGCUAGCAUCGGAAGUCGGAAGGUGACGCUCCUCACCUCACCUCAGCCAGAGAUAACUUCACCCACUGAAGUACAGUACACCGAGGAGGAUGAACCAUGCUGGUUCACUCCAAUCCUGAAGUAUCUCAAGAAGAGAGAACUUCUAGCGGAUCCCACCGAAGCACGAAAGUUAAAAACGAGAGCCGCUCGCUUCGUCAUAGUGGGGGAAGAGUUGUACAAACGAGGGUUCUCAUCCCCCUACCUCAAGUGCCUCGACCCGACCACAGCGGAUUACGUACUUAGAGAAGUACAUGAAGGCAUCUGCGGAAAUCACUUGAGCGGAAGAACUUUAGCUCUCAAACUACUAAGGCAAGGCUAG